UAGGACUGGCUAUUAUCGACAGAAGAAGUCUAGUGAACAUGGCCAUGAUUACGAAACUGACAGUCCUGAUGACAUGACAAAUACCGACUCACUUGAAUCCGACUACUAUACUAAAGUUAAGCCAAAUCGACCAGAUAUCAAGUUUCGGCGCCAGGUUCGGCAUCCAGAGAGAGUAGUGCCAGACCCAAAACCAACAUUCACCUAUGUCCCAGGCUCUUCAAGCGAAGACCAGUCCAAGUACAACUGGGACGACUUCGAUGCAAUCUCAGACAAGUAUUCACGAUUAGGUAGAAAGCCGAAGAAGGACAGCACGAACACAUUCUCAUCGAGACACUGGGCGGCUGGUCCACCAGGCUCUGUCAAACCAAAACCCUCUGCACGAUAUCCAGGAAAGCGACCCUUCUCAGCUUCUUCUGGACGAUCUAAGAAGUCAUCUGGUUCGUUUCCCAAGGCGUCCUCGGAGAGCACCACCCCGAAGCCAGGAUCAUUGUCUAAACCAAGACCAUCGCCUAUCAGUGUCGCCAAGGUGCCACCCUCUCGAGUUCAAGAAGCGCAAGAACUUGCAAAUACACACAAGGAUCCCGACAUCAAGUGGCCACAUUUUCUCUCAGGAUUACUUAAUGAUUUCGGCCACCCAGAUCCCAACCGCAAACCAUGACUGACAGAUAUUUUCAAGGACGGUAUACAGCCAACCGCGCAAUGGAAGAAAAUUCACCUGG